AUGACUCAGGACCAAAGACUCAGGCACCCAAGACCUCAGGGCCCUAGACUCAGGACACCAAGCUCACGGCCCAAGACAUCAGGGCCCAUGACCUCAGGGACCAAGACCUCGCAGAGCCCAAGACCUCAGGCCAAAGACCUCAUGGACCCAGAACUCACGGCCAAAGACACUCAGGGCCAAGACAUCAGGGCCAAUCCUAGGGCGACACAAGACCUCGGGCUCCAAGACCUCAGGGCCAAGACCUCAGGGCCAAAGACCUCAGGGCUCCAAGCCCAAGAGCGAUACACAGGUUGGGGAACUGUGGUUUGUCUGAGAUCCAGCUGUUCCUCUGUGGCCUCAGCUUUGGAGUCCAACCCCUUCACAUCUCACUUCUGGACCUGA